UUCAGAGGCAGCAGAGCGAGCUUCGGAACAACAAAGAGAGACACACACACAAACACAGCCAUGGCUAGCCGUGGAGAUCGCUGGGAGCGGGAUCGCCUCGGUGGCGACCGCGACAGGGUCCAGGAGCGAGGCCGCUUCGUCGAGGAGGACCGGGAACGGGACCGCGUCUUCAUGAGCGGCGGCCGGAGCCACCGCGACCACUCGGACGAGCGAUUCGACCGCAAGUACGGCCGCACAUCCUACGAGGACGACAUCGUCCGCGACCGCCGCUUCUACGAGGACGACCGCUUCGACCGCCUCGACCGCCGGUCCGAGAUCCGCGGCGACUCCUUCGACCGCCGCGUCGUCAUGGAAAAGGAGCGCGACCGCGAGUACAUGCGGGAUUCGUCGCCGCGCCGCCCGACGCUGCUGCGCCGCCAGUCGUCCCUCGACACGUACGACCGCCGCCCGCUGCCGCGCUUCCUCGACCAGCGCGAGGAGUUCCCGGUGCCGGUCCGCCGUGAGGACAUCCGCCGCGACGACAUCCUGCGCGACGACUACCACGCCCCCAAGUACACGCCCAUCCCGCUGCCCAAGACGCGGGGCCUGCCGCCGCCGGCCCGGCGCUACGACGAGCGCUUCUACGAGGACAUCCACGUCGAGCACGACCACAUGGACGAGCCCCUGCCGCGGUAUCCCGCCGAGCGCAUCGUCGAGCGCGAGAUCAUCCGCGAGAAGGAGAAGGAGAAGGACAAGGUCGUCAAGGAGAAGCGCAGCCGCAGCCGCGACUCCCGCUCGACCAAGAGGAGCCACCACCGCCGCGGCCGGUCCCGCGUGUCCAAGUCGUCGAGCCGGUCGUCGAGCAUCAGCAGCAGCAGCUCCAGCAGCUCCAGCAGCAGCGGCGGCACCACCGUCAAGAGCGCCAAGAGCAGCAAGAGCGAGUAUCCGAAGAAGGGCAAGACGCGGAUUCCCCUGCGACUGGUGUCGAAGCGGGCCUUGAUCGAUAUCGGGUAUCCCUUUGUGGAAGAGAAGAAGAAACUGACCAUCCGAAUGAUCAGCGAGCUGGAAAUCUCUGCUGCCCGUUCCUCAGCCGGCGACCUGUUCCGCGAGCGCCGCGAAGAGGACAUCAUUCGUGACCGGCGAGGAGAAGAGGACAUCAUCCGCGAGCGCCGAGAGGAGGUCAUCAUCCACCACGAGGCGCCCGCUCCGCCUCCGCCGCCGCAGCCGCAGACCAUCGUCGUCUCGGCCCCCGCUCCGCCUCCGCCCGUCAUCAUCGAGGCCGCGCCGCGCGACGCCGUCGAGCUCGUCGACAAGACCGUGUACCGCGACCGGUCGCGGUCCUCGAGCGACCGCAGCCGCAGCCGCAGCCGCCACCGCUCGCACUCGCGCCAUCACACGCAUCGCCACUACCGCCGCAGCCACUACCGCCACAGCCACUCGCGGCACAGCCAUUCGCGGCACAGCAGCCACGGCAGCGGCGUCGCCCUCGGCGGCAGCAGCAGCGACUACCAGCUCGUCGAGCGCCACCGGUCGCGAUCCCGCAGCGGCAAGGAGAUCCGCGCCGAGAUCCGCGCCCUGGAGAAGGAGCUGGCGGUGCGCCCGCGCGUCACCGGCGAGCGCGAGGUCAUCCGCACCGAGAGGCUGCCCAACGGCGAGCUGGUCGUCUACGAGGAGCAGGUCGAGCGGGUCGCGUCCCACAAGCCGGCGCGGAUCGAGAAGGACAAGAAAGGUAGGAUGUCCAUCAGCGUGCCGAAAUACCGAUAAGGUGCGCCGCUUUUUCCUAUGUCUUGAUUCUCUCGAGAGCUGGCAAAGCUGACUCGGAAGGUCCUGGCCCUGGACGUAUGCGCGCGAUGCUGGCCACGCUUACAUGA